GAAAUAAAAGAGGGAGAAGCGAUGGAGAAGUUAGGCGAGGGAUUUGCCUUCGUCGUGGAUGAAAAACCAGACCUGCAGGUGGCUGAAGUGGCACCUGGGGUGUUCCUGAGCUCUCAAGAUCCCGUUUUCUCGCUGGAGAUUUUAAAAAACCUGGAAAUCAGAAAUAUUUUGAGUCUGGGAAUCGAGCCGCACGUGAAAUUCGAAGGAAUUUCCUACUCCUUCGUUGAUAUGCUCGAUGUUCCGGAGUUCGGAAUCCUGGAGGCCAUGGAUAAUUGCCUCGAAGUGAUUAGAAAUCGUCGAGGUAAUAUUCUGGUGCACUGCAAUGCUGGAGUCUCACGAUCUGCCACUGUUGCAAUUGCUUAUCUGAUGGAGGAGGGCAUGAGUUUCCCCGAGGCAUUCAACAAAGUGAGAAGUGUGAGACCUUGUGCAAGACCCAAUGAGGGAUUUAUUAAACAGUUAAAGGACAUGGAAAAGAAAAAGACCGAAGAAAAAUACUAAAAAUAGAUAAAAAUUAUUAUAAAAUAGUUUAAA